UUCAAAUCAGCUCGAACGCUUCAAAUCAUGUUGCACUUUCCAUGAGAUUCGAACGGGGCCAACAAACAUCGAUCAAAAUUAGCAAACCAGCAAACCAGCAAACCUGCGUCGCUUCCUAUCCGAUUACACCCGGGACUUCCGGUCCAAUUACACCUGGUCCAGAUCCUGCCGAAAGCUCCUAUUUAUACCCUUUCAGAUGAUACCAAGAUUUUAUUUUCCAGCGAUUCUGGAGCUCGGCUUCCCCAACCGUCUCUUACAGAUCGAUUCGUCAGACGAACUUUUGAAUGGUAGGAGAUUCUUUGAGUUUACCCUCUUUUCCCACAUCAAAGAAGACGGAAUCCGCCGCCGUCUUUUCAUUCGUUGUUACCGUCUUAUCAUCGUCCGACGCCUCUCCCUUCGCCUCCUGCAUGGAGGGCUGGCACUACCGCUGCCUUGGCCUCCACCCGUAGAUUUCUGCCUCAUCGAUAUUCUUUUGAUCUUCCCGUUUAGGCGUUUCGAAUAGUUGAUCACGGUGGCUAUGGCUCUCCCAACAACGCCGAUCAGAAUGAGGCUUGGGAAAAGCGAGAAGCCCGAGAUGAAGAUUAUUGGAAAUAAGGAGAGCAAUCGGAUCCUUAUCUCCGUAUCCGUGCUUGGAAGUUCUGGUCCGAUCCGCAUUGUAGUGAGCAAGGACGAGCUCGUCUCUGUCGUCGUCGGGACCGUGCUAAAGACCUACGCGCGAGAGGGCCGCCGACCCAUCCUUGGCUGCAACCACGAUGAUUUCGUCCUAUACCACGCCCUUGACGGGUCGAAUGGUUUGAAUCCAUUGGAACCGAUCGGCUCGUUCAGAAGCAGGGAUUUUCUGAUGUGCAAAAAGCAGAGGUUGUCCGGUGAGGAGUUGUCUGCAACACCUGGAAGGAAGAUGGAAAAGAAAGGCAUGGGUGUCUGGAUGCCCUGCCUGGAUUGGCUUCUUUCUUUGACCUCUUCUGAGUGAGUGCUCUUUUAUAGGGAGGUCCUGGCGUGUUUGAUUGCUCUUUAUUCUUAAUUCAUUCAGGGGAGAUGAGGAAUAUAGGCUAAGGGAAUGAUGUUCCCUACAGAUUAUCUGAUACGAAUUCUCGAACUGACUAUGAUUUUCUUUUCUCAGUUGCAGAAUGGAGCAAGUUAAUAAAAAAGACAUUACAUUCAUUACUUAGAGCUGG